UUUAGGAGAUGGGUGGUAGAAAGUGAUCUUCUUUCUUUUAUUCCCGUUUUCUCUUUUCUUUAUUAUUCAAGUCUUUUUUGGCCCUUUCCCGUCCUUUUCUCUUCAAUAGAAAAAAAACAAUGUCUUCUUAUCCUCCACAAGGCUACGGUCCACCUCAACAGGGCGGAUAUUACGCUCCUCCUCCUCCUCAGCAAGGCGGCUACUAUCCACCUCAGCAGGGCGGUUAUUAUCAACCAACGUAAUGUCUAUAAAAAAAACAGUUUGGUCGACAACGAGAACAGCAUGUAUACUCAUGACGAAUUUAUUAUAUCAGACCUCCUCCUCAAACUGUUGUUAUGCAGCAACCACAGCAACAAGGUGGAGACAAAGGGUGCUGCAUGGGCUGGUGAGUCUGCUGCUAAUACACAGCUUACAAGUUGAUGAAUACGAGAAUAAGCAACGAAUUACUAAUUAUAAAAUAACAACGCAUCGAUCAAUUCGAUUUGUUCUCGACGCAAAAUAGUUUGGGUGCCUUACUCUGUUGU